AUGGGCGUUCAUGGCCUUACCACCUAUCUGCGAGAGAAUCAGCGAAUCCUCGCCAAAGCCAUCGAUUUCCCCUCGAGCUUGAACGACGUGAAUUCGAUCGUGGUUGAUGGUUGGUCGUUCAUCUAUGAGCUUUAUGAAGAGUCUAAAUUACCUUGGGUCUAUGGUGGCGAGUACAAAGCUUUCUCUGCAUGCGUCGAAGGUGUCGUGAAAGCAUGGAUGGCUGUGGGACUCAAAGUAUAUUUUGUCUUUGACGGUUCUGCCCCCGAACUGAAGAUUCCGACCCUCAUCAGCCGUCUCAAUCACUCGAUCGUUGAACGGAGUCUUCUUUUCUUCAGAACCUCCGAAACAUCACGCUCAACUCCCCGCUUUCUGCGUGAGACGCGGAUGAUCCCACCACUUGCAUAUCAUGCAUGCCUGCAUGCACUUCGUGAAGUCGCCUCUUCAGCAAAUACCCUGGAAGUGCAUUUCGCAGAUGAAGAAGGCGAUCCUUAUGCCGUCGAACUCGCCGGCAGGCUCGGGGCAUUUGUCGUUGGUAAUGACUCAGACUUUGUCAUUCUCAAUUCUGGGAAAUAUGCAGGAUAUAUCCAGCUUGAUGACAUACUGUGGGCAGUACCUAACUCCGUGGAUGCUGGCUCCGAUGACGGGAAUGGGGAGUUCCGCACAGUGAAGAAAUCAAAGACAAAAAAGAAAAGCGCUGCUCAACAGGGGGUUCGCAGAGGUUUAAUACCCCCAGAGCAUAGCACGGAUCUCAGUCUGUCAGUUUCGGUGUACACCCCGGCUGUCUUGGCAUCCCACUUCAAGAUUCCAGUCACCCUGUUACCUUUGCUGGGUGCCCUGGUGGGCAACGAUUUUUCCAACCAGUCUUCCACACAACGAAACGUCCAAAACUUAUUUUUCGAGCGCCAGUUAACGUUAUCGCAACGCAUUGCUCGUGUCGGGUCCACGUUAAGUGGGAUACUCUCCGCUGCCACUCAGAAACGCAAAGCUAGGCAUCAGGUCGGUUCAGUCAUGGAUUUGAUUGACAGAUCUGUGCAUGCACUCCUGAUCAGACCACCAAGUACCAUGGCUUCCGGAGAGAUAGAUGCCAUCGUUGACCGGAUCGUAAAUGCAGCAUUGCAGUACGCAAUUGAAAAAUACGACGGAGAUACAUUUGGGCCGGAUGGUCUUUGGCCUAGCAAAAUUUGUGCACUGCAUCGCGCAGAAACUUGCCGGUUGCCGGCUCUAUUCUCCCGUGCGCAAUUACUAUCUAGCGAUGAUGGAGCCGACGACAACGCAGGGGAACAUGACACUCAAUUUCACCAGCUCCACACUCUCUACAUCGCUGCAUACCGGUCGGGCCACUUCCAACCGAAGCUCAUGGAUAUGUUGAAUACUGGCACUUUCUGGCCGAGGUUGUUUUUGGAGAACCCCGACGCGGAAAAUGUCGCACGGAGUAUCGGCCGACCUAUCCGGGAGUGGAUCUACGCCAUUUUGGAAGAUGCCGUAGGGUUGCCGGAAGCGCCCGAGGGAGCUGAGGAGCCUGAAGUAGGGCAAUCUGACGCAUCUCAAGUGGAUGAGGAUGACGAGGAUGAGCUCAUUGACGUCAUGGAAGAAGACUCUGAAGACGAUGGAGCCGAUCUCCUCGCCCCAUUGCGUGGUGAGCUCCAAAAACUCCGCGCGUCAGAUGAAGAGUCAGAGAUUCCGGCGUCGACUGCAUCCCGAUCCCGGUCACACCUUCCACCGCGGCCCAAAUGUAUCACAGAGUACGUUAGGCGAGGCACUCGCGUUGCCCCGGAGGGGGUGACGGUGCCAGAUAUUGGCAGGCUGUUGGCGUCGUCGGCAUUCUGCGGCGACAGUCAAGAAAAUUGGACCCCCUUACCACUAAGGUCCGCAUCCGAGCGGAUGUCAGUUUUCCUGCACGCCCUCCGUAGCGGUACCGCUGCUGUCCAGGGGUUACCGAGCGAACAACUCAUGAGCGCCCUCGUUUUGCGAUGGGUCGUGCAAAUGAUGCACCUACGGGCAUUAGAAUCCGCAAGUAAGGAACGAGAAAAAGAGAGGUGGACUAAAGCGGAGGCAAGUGCAUUCUUGGCAUUUUACAUGUCGGAAGGGCAUGGUCUCGAUUUCCGUACUACGCCUGCACCUGCCGACUCAGAACAUAACACCGGAUCUGAGACCACCCCAAUCAGCAGUCGUAAUAUCCAGCUUAUGGCCCAGGUGCUGAUGGCGAUCGAGAGUAUUCACCAUUUAUCACAAGUUCUCUCGGUAUCAGAACGGGUUCCUGUUCGUGUCCAUACGUUGUCAGGGCAGACGUUCCAUACGUUCCUUGCACAGAAGUCCUCGAAUUGUCGAGACACUUUGCCGCUCGGGCUGUGGGGCGCAUGUAUGGAGGGGAUAGGGGAUGCUUUUGCAGAAGAGCGUCCAGUCAAAGCCAAAAAAUCCAAGAUCAACGGAAAGUCCACUUCCUCGGUGCAGAAAGCAGUGCGUCAUGUUGGGACAAUGGGUAGCCAGUUUGGACUAUUAGCUGAUCUUCAGGUUUAA